AUGGAUGAAGAUUUAGAUUCGAUAUUUGCACUUUCAUUAGUUCCGAUUAAUGAAGCAACUUCUUUGGCUACAAAGAGAAUACUUGAGAUAAUGGAUGAUCCUCAAUCAAUAUUUUCUUUAAUUCAGCAUUUAAAAAGUAAUAAAGACAAAACUAUUAGACAACAAAUAGCAAUUACAAUAUCAAAAAUGGCAGAAAGACAUGCGAAAUACUAUAUACAUUCUGAUUCUUUUGUAAAAAUAAAGGAAAUCCUACUAAAUACAAUUCUUUUCGAAAAAGAUCAAAUUAUUAAGGGUAAGCUACUCAAUUCUAUAGUAUCAUUAUUCAAAGAAACGCAAGCCAAUUGGGAUGAGCUAUUCAAUUUCAUACAAAAACGUUUAAAAAAUAAUACUGAUUUAGAUCUGUUGCUUUUCUUCGAUAUUUUCCGUAGAUUACUACCUCUCGUUACACCUGAGUCCAUUUCUCAACUAUUUGGAGACUUUGUUUCAAACAAUUUAAAAAAUCCGAAAGCAAUAGCUGGAAAUACUUUGAUUGAGAUGAUGGUACUCGUCAUAGAGCUCAAGAAAUAUAUAAAAGUGAGUCCUGAAGCGCUUAAUGAUAUUUAUAUCAUAGCGAAGGAACAAAUUUUCAAUAUUUCUCAAGAAAAUUAUAAUGAUAAACUUGGUGCUCUAUGUGAUGCCUUUCUUGAUUUUAUAUCUGCUUAUAUCGAAUUCACAGACUUUGAUGAUGUUUUUGAGUUAAUAACUAAAAUAUUAGAUGAAGAGUCUAUAUCUGUUGACAAUAAGAUAUUGAUUCUUCCUAUUCUUGAGCCUAUUAUUAAUUACUCUGAUAACAAUGAGAAAAUUUCAUUCCAACAGUUGAUUUUGAUUAUUCUAAAAUUUAUUACAAUAAUUUCAUCAGAAUACGAUCUCAAUGACAUAAAUAACUAUUUCCCUGAAGAAUUAGUAGCGACUAUCUCUAAAAAAUGUCCUCAACUUGAAUUUUAUCAAUAUAUUGUUGAAGCUUUAAAAAGCGGUGAUGUUUCAGAUAUUGCAGUACUUUUCCUUUUAAUGUAUGCGUUACAAGACAUUCAGCUGGCGAUUCAACGUAAUAUUUUGGACGUAUUUCAAUUUAUUCAGAAAAAUGUCAACAAUGAAAGCCUUGAUAAUGUUAAAAUUUCAUUAAUGCUGCUUAAAGAGAUAUUCGAUUGUCGAUUUCAAGAAUUAGAGAAAAUAUCAGUUGGUUGCAACGAAAUGUUCUUAAAAUUGUUAGAAACACAGGACAAUGAUACUUUAAUGCUCACUUUAAAGGCGUUCACCUCUUACUUUUCAGCAGUUCCAAUAAAUCCAACUGAUUUUUCUUCUCUUUAUACGGGUUUAAUUAAAUUACUGCAUGAAAACGAGCUACCAUCUGCUUAUCUAGGAUUUGAUUGUAUCAAAGAACUCAUUAAUUCGGCUCAAGACUGUGUAACUCUUCAUCUUCCAGAUAUUUAUUAUAAUCUAAAGGAAUUUGCAGCAAAUGAUAAUGCAUAUAAUUGUAUUAGAUCUUCUAGUAUUGAAUCUUUAGGUCUGUUACUCGGAGCAGGAAAAUCUGUUGAUGAACCGAUUUUAGAUGAUUAUUUUGCAUUAAUCUUUGGCAUUCUUGACAGUAAUCCUAAUAAAAUCUCUCCUUUCUUUACUGAAUGUCUCGAAUCUUUAGCUAAAACGUGCAAAAUUAAAGUAUUAGAAAUAGGGACUAUAAUUGAUAGGAUUAUAUAUGCAAUGCAGCAAAACGAUAGUGAUUACAUAGCUUCUUCGCUCAAAUUCUUGAAAUCUUAUUUCAAAUAUUGUAAAAUCGAAGACGUUAGCGGCCAUUAUGAUAUUCUUAAGAAUAUCCUAUUAGAGUACUUCCAGAGUGAUUCAGAUUAUGAUGUAUUAUCUCUUAAUAUCAAAGCUAUUUUUAGAUUCACAGUAUUAUUUGGAAAGAUUGAUGAAGAUUUCUUAACAACCAUAAUGUCUUUUGCUGAUAAUAUAGAAUUAUUAAGUUUAUUCUUAUAUUUCUUCAGGGAAAUAUUUGAAUCAGAAAUUGAAGUUAGUAAUGAAGUAAUUGGUCUGUAUCUUCAAUGUACCCUUAAUGUAAUAUCGCCAUCAUUCGAAGAUGAAGAGAUAAAAAAUGAUGGAUUUAAUUCAUUUUCUAGAUUCGCUAUAAAACAUCCUGAUAAGUUCCUUUAUGCUGAUUUCUAUAAUAUAUGCAUAGAAUAUUUUCAGAAUAAUGAAAAUAGUGAAUGGAUUCUUGAAUGUACAGGAAUUUACUCGAUUUUGUUCCAACCUAAUUUAGGCGAAUCGUUUAUAAAAGAUAUAUCGGACAUAUUCUUUGGUACAUUAAAAUAUUGCGAUUUUAUCGUUAUGCCUCAUAAUCUCAUUGGAAUUGAAAAAUAUAUCAACGCAGGAUUUGUUCCAGAUCAAGAAAAGAUCACUCAGUUAAUAGAGUCAGCAAAUUUAGUUUAUUCAUCAGAAUAUUGCGGAGAAAAAAAUUAUUAUUUGACAAUUUACGGAUUUAACCUAGUAAUGUUUAGUGCUUUCUCUCACUUAGAGUUUGACAUUAGUAUAGUAUCAGAAUUCUUACCUAAAAUGUUUGAAAAGUCAAAUGAUCUUAAUUUCCAAUCAGAAUCGGAUAAUUUAUUCCAAAACGUUGUCAAAGUCUGUUACAAAUACUCUGACAUUGUAAAAGAUUUUGGUCAGCAAGUUAUUGACUUCUUUAUGAAGCCAUUAACAUGUAGUAUUCAAAUAUUCAAAAAACUCAACCUCAGUAGCGAAACGCUUCACAGCAUCUCGUCAUAUUUAGGUGAUUGUAUUAAUUCAGAUUCAAAUUGUGCUGUAUACAUUAAUAACCUCUUGGAGGAUCCUGUGAUUUGCGAACGUUUUGUAGAAAGAUCGGGUAUUUCGUUAACUAAAUAA